UUAGUGUGGCACCGGGUGGAACCACCUAGCACCAUAGGCUAGUUAGAAGUAGCUAGCUGGAGUUGUGCGCAGCUGUACAGCGGACACUCUUCAUGCAUAGUGAGAAAUGUUUCAUCUACUCGACGGCGACAUUGUACUCUAUAGCCACGCCAGUUGCUCUUUUUUGACGCUUUUCGCCUCGUUUUGCUCUCCGUUGUCGACGUUAGCUUGCUGGUCAGUUCGCCCCUGUAAGCUAAGUAGCCGUCUUUACUUACUCCUGGUCUAAGUGUCAAUAUUAGCAGUGACUUCCUUGGGUGCCCGCUUGCCUGAGCUGUCAACCUAGGGACACGUCAAGGUUCUGUGCAUUGGUGUCUGGGUUCUGGGGCUUGUGAUGUCCGAGCCCAAGACAGCCCCUCCAACCCCAGCUGGAGACACAUAUAAGGGAUGGGUGUUCAAGUGGACUAAUUACAUCAAGGGUUAUCAGAGGCGCUGGUUCGUCUUGAGUCAUGGCUUGUUGUCCUACUACAGGACCCAGGCGGAAAUGGGCCACACUUGCCGCGGCACCAUCAACCUGGCGACGGCGACCAUCACCGUGGACGACGCGUGCAACUUUGUCAUCUCCAACGGUGGCGCACAGACGUACCACCUGAAGGCCAGCUGCGAGGUGGAGCGACAGCGUUGGAUCACCGCGCUGGAGCUGGCAAAGGCCAAAGCGGCGGCACGCCUUCAGCUUGAGUCAGAUGACUCCAGUGACGACUGCUCCCAUUCACUGCCCACGGCGCCUUCCGGACAAGGCGGCGGCGUCCCGCAGAAUGCCGAAGUCCAGUCGGCCCUGCGGACCCUGGGUAGCAAGGUGGAAGAUCUGAGCACGUGCAACGAUCUCAUCUCCAAGCACGGCUCCGCUCUUCAGAGGUCUUUGUCGGAGCUGGACAGUUUGCGUCUGACGGGAGAGGCGGGAGAUAAAAUCCGUCAGGUGACGGAGAGGGCCACGCUGUUCCGCAUCACUUCCAACGCCAUGAUCAAUGCGUGCCGAGACUUCCUGGCGCUGGCGCAGGCACACAGCAAGCGUUGGCAGAAGGCGCUGCAGGCGGAGCGGGAGCAGCGAGUGCGCCUGGAGGAGACUUUGGAGCAGCUGGCCAAGCAGCACAAUCACCUGGAGCGAGCCUUCAGGGGGGCCAGCGCGCAGGCCAACGCCACCGCCGACAAUAAGAGCGGGGUCGCAGCAGCGAAAGGCGAGGCCAGCGACGAGGAUGACGACAACGAGUUCUUUGACGCGGUGGAAGAAGCCCCUGAGUUCAUCACUGUUCCCGCAGACCCUCACUUCCACAAGAGAUCGAACAGUAACGCCAGCGGUUUCAAUAAUGAAAUUGGUUCAGAUGAUCAGUCGCUGAACGAGGAGCCCCUGGCCAUGAACCAGGAGUCGCCCUCGCAAGAGUUGCUGCCGCUGAAGAAGCGACGCGCGCGCAUUCCGGACAAGCCCAACUACUCCCUCAACCUGUGGAGCAUCAUGAAAAACUGCAUCGGCAAGGAGCUCUCCAAGAUUCCCAUGCCUGUGAACUUCAACGAGCCCAUUUCCAUGCUGCAGCGUCUGUCCGAGGACCUGGAGUACCACGAGCUGCUGGACAAGGCGAGUAAGUGCCACAGCACGCUGGAGCAGAUGUGCUACGUGGCCGCCUUCUCCGUGUCGUCCUACUCCACCACGGUCCACCGCACGGGCAAGCCCUUCAACCCGCUGCUGGGCGAGACGUACGAGCUGGACCCGGCGGAGAGCGGCUACCGCUCGCUCUGUGAGCAGGUCAGUCACCACCCGCCGGCCGCGGCCCAUCACGCCAUCUCCGAUCGAGGCUGGACUCUGAGGCAGGAAAUCACCGUUGCCAGCAAAUUUCGCGGCAAAUAUCUCUCCAUCAUGCCGCUAGGGACCAUUCAUGCCAUCUUUGACAAGGACAACAAUCACUACACAUGGAAGAAAGUGACCACCACUGUGCACAAUAUCAUAGUUGGCAAACUCUGGAUCGACCAGUCGGGAGAGAUCGAUGUGGUGAACCACACAACGGGAGACCGCUGCCAUUUGAAAUUUGCGCCUUACAGUUAUUUCUCCAGAGAUGUGGCCAGGAAGGUGACCGGCGUGGUGAUGGACAAGGAAGGCAAGGCCCAUUACGUGCUGUCGGGCACAUGGGAUGAGAAACUGGAGUUUUCCCGCGUGAUGCAAAGCAGCCGCGGCGGGGAAAACGGCUCCGAGGGGAAACAGAAGACAGUCUACCAAACUCUGAAAGCCAGAGAGGUGUGGCGGAAGAACCCUCUGCCUGAAGGCGCGGAGACCAUGUACUACUUCACGGCUUUGGCGCUCACUCUCAACGAGCCCGAGGAGCCCGUGGCGCCCACGGACAGCCGUCGCCGACCCGACCAGCGGCUCAUGGAGGACGGGCGCUGGGACGAGGCCAACAGCGAGAAGCAGCGGCUGGAGGAGAAGCAGCGCAUCGCCCGGCGCGAGCGCGAGAGGGAGGCUCUCAGCCAGCGUACCUCCAGCCACCCAGAUGAAGCUGUCGAUGAGGAUUCUCUUACUGAUCCGUCACUGAAAAGCGCACCUCACGACCUCUACAAAGCACUUUGGUUCGAGCGCUGCCAGGACCGGAUCACAGGUGAGCAGGUUCACGUCUACAAGGGCGGCUACUGGGAAGCCAAGGAGCGCGGCUACUGGGAGGGCUGCCCUGACAUAUUUUGACCACCGGCGAAUGAAACGGAAGAAGAAGAAGAAAAAAAAAAAGUCGGUUCUCUGUUCUAAGAGACCCCCAGAACACGGUGGUGGGCCCCUCAAGCUUGUUGUGAGUAGUGCUUCCUUCCUUCCUUCCUUCCUUCCACAUCCAUCUCUCCCAAUGUUUGUGAUUAAUCGGUGGCCUUCAUGAAGACAGUUUCUGGUUUGUCUGAUUAUUUGUGUCUUAAUAUAAAGUCGCCUACUGUGCGACUAUGUGUGUUUGGGUGGAUGGGGGUGUGCGCUUGUGUGUGCGUGUGUGUGGCGGGGGAGGGGGACGGGAGGCUGUUAUCGAGUUCAACUGUGAUCGAGUAGUGUGCAACAUCUCUCCUCCUCGCCUUAGACAACCUACGCUCACCUGUCAGAAACGUGUGAGUGAACUGGACGCUCAGGUUUUAUUACGGUUGGAAGUAAAAGAAGGCUGAAGUAAUUAUUUUUGUUUUCUGUUUUAAAGAGAAAUACUUGUUUUAUGGUGUGAAUAUACACAUUUAAAGUAAAUGCAGUGCUAAUUACAAAAUAUAAAUAUAUACAUAUAUGCAAGCACAUUUUGACACCAAAAAAGUGUUUCGUCUUUUUUUUUUUUUUUUUUCCCCCCCCCUGUUGUCUGUAAGUGUACUUAAUCAAGACACACAAUCUAAAAAUAUCUGAUUUUAUAAAUGUAUAAUGUCUGGAAAACGGCGAGGCAUUUUUCUGUUGUUUCAUGUCACCAAAAAAGGGAGAUUUCAUGCUCGACUGAUAGAAGAGCCGUCAUAACAUUGUUUUUGAUUUUGUAUCCAAGGAGAGGAAAUCUUUAAUAAACACUGUAAUGUCAAGCAA